AUGGCAGAUAAUUCCAAGCCUUCAAAUUUUUAUUCAGGUUCCCAGGAUCCUGUAGAGCAGUACCAGGGAUUUUGGUUCCGUAAGAGCUCCUUACAAGGAAUUGAGACAAUGCGUUUUGAGUUUGAAGCCCAUCCUAACGACAUAAUACUUGUUUCACCUGUUAAAAGUGGUACCACCUGGAUAAAAUCCCUUGCCUAUACCAUUCUCACCUGCAAACAGUAUGACCUGAACGACCCUUCUUAUCCUCUCAAUAAUAAAAACCCUCAUGAACUUGUUCCGAACAUAGAAAUGCAGCUUUACGGCCCCCAUUCCAUUCCAAACCCAAUGUCUCUCUCUCCCCGUGUGUUUCACACCCAUGUGCCAUACCAGUUAUUGCCUGAAUCCAUCAAAUCCUCUGGCUGUAAAAUUAUUUACAUUUGCCGCAAUCCCAAGGACACUUUUGUCUCGCUCUGGGGGAUGACCAUCAAUAGAUCAGAGAACAAAGAUGUCUCUGCAUCUAAGGAAGAACCAGUACAUAAUUUCUGUAGAGGAUUUUACCACAGUGGCCCCUUUUAUGAGCAUGUGGCCUCUUAUUGGCGUGAGAAAACCAAGCCCAAUGUUCUUUGCCUCACUUAUGAAGACCUGAAGGCAGAUCCUUUGGUUUGUAUUAGAAUUUUGAGUGAUUUAAUGGGGUGUUGGUGGGUGAAGGAAGAGGAAGAUCUGAGAAAAAUUUCUGACAAAUGCAGCUUCCAGUCUCUGUCUGAGAUGGAGGUGAACAAAACUGGAGAAAUUCGCCUGCCUGGACUUCGACUGAGAAAUAACAGUUUCUUCAGGGAAGGGAAAGUGGGUGGUUGGAAGAACUUUCUGACACCAGAGUUGAACGCAGAGAUGGAUAAAAUGAUUGAAGAGAAGCUUUCUCUGGUAAAAGACUUGGGCCUGCAAUUCAAGUACGAGUUAACUGAUAGAGAUGUUGAUCUGGAUGGGCAGCCUAAGCAGGCCUAA